GCAACCCGGUCGGCCGAAGCCGGUCCGCUUCGCGGUCUGAUCACGCCCAAUUUAUUUUUAGGGUUUCGAAACCCGUCAUCCACUCACGAUCUACUUCUCCAUUUUAUCUCCGCCGCUUCACGACGGGAGAUCGCUGCCGCCUGUUCGCUGUUGAGUAGGGCCAGCGUAUGAUACCUACGAUCUUCUCAUAAAGCAUUUCUCAUCCUUCGGAUUCGAUUUCUUGCGCUGUUUCGUCGUGGUAGUCUCUCGAUCGCUCGAGUCGAUCCAUCUCUCCGCCAUUCGUUUUCUCUUACAGCAUUGUCAGGAGUUUUUGAUAUGGAGUCUCAGCCGCCUGGUUUUCAACCACGCACCUUCUCAGUCAAGCUGUGGCCACCCAGUGCCAGUACUAGACAGAUGCUUCUUGAGAGGAUGGCAAAGAACCUUUCCACCGAAUCAAUCUUUUCUCGAAAGUAUGGACUUUUAAGUAAAGAGGAAGCAUUUGAGAAUGCUCAACACAUUGAGGAAACUUGCUUUGUUAUUGCUAAUGACCAUUUUGAAAAGGAGCCUGAUGGAGAUGGCAGUUCUGCAGUUCAGCUUUAUGCCAAGGAAACUAGUAAACUCAUUCUAGAAGUUCUCAAAAGGGGUCCGCGGCAGAAGGAAGAUGAAGAGGUGACUGCAAAUAAUGCGGAAGCUCUUGUCCCUCACAAGACUGUCUUUGAUAUUUCAGGUGGUCGAAGAGAUUUUCUAGAAGUUGAUGAGGCACAUGAACUACUGAGUCCUUUAACAGAGGAUGGUAAUGCAUAUACAAAAAUUUGUUUCAGCAACAGAAGCUUUGGCGUCGAUGCUGCUCGGGUUGCGGAGCCGAUCCUGAAAUCCCUGUCGAAGCAGUUGUUAGAAGUAGACCUCUCAGAUUUCAUUGCAGGAAGAUCAGAAGAAGAUGCUCUUGAAGUCAUGAGGAUAUUUUCUUCAGCUCUUGAAAAUUGUGGUCUAAAAUACUUGAAUCUCUCCAAUAAUGCAAUGGGUGAGAAGGGAGUAAGGGCAUUUGAAGCACUUUUCAAAUCUCAGAGCCACUUAGAGGAGCUAUACUUGAUGAAUGAUGGGAUUUCUGAGGAGGCUGCAAAAGCCUUAUGUGAGCUCAUUCCUUCCACUGAAAAGCUCAGAAUCCUUCACUUUCAUAACAAUAUGACAGGAGAUGAAGGAGGUGUUGCCAUUUCCGAGGUCCUGAAGCGUUCUCCUCAUAUUGAGGAUUUUCGUUGCUCGUCCACUAGGGUUGGCUCGGAGGGCGGAAUCGCAUUGGCCGAGGCACUGGGAACCUGUACUCAUCUGAAGAAGCUUGAUCUGAGGGACAAUAUAUUUGGUGUGGAGGCUGGGAUAGCCCUCAGCGCAACCAUUGAGAAGCAUGGAGGUCUCACCGAACUCUACCUAAGUUAUCUGAAUCUUGAAGAUGAAGGAGCAAUCUCGAUAUUCGACGCAUUGAGAAAAUCCGAUUCCUGUCUUGAGAUCUUAGAGAUUGCCGGAAAUGAUAUCACGGCGAAAGCCGCCCCGCAUCUCACCGCUUAUUUAGCUGCAAAACCGACCCUCAAGAAGCUGAGUUUGUCCGAAAAUGAACUGAAGGAUGAGGGCGCAGUACUGAUUGGUACAUUUUUGAAGGAUAGUAACCCACAGCUGAAAGAAUUGGAUUUUAGCACUAAUGCUGUGAAGAGAGUUGGAGCAAGGUGUUUGGCCCAAGCUGUUGUCACAAACAAGCCUGAUUUUGUGCUUCUGAACAUUGAUGGCAAUGCCAUAUCUGAAGAAGGGAUUGAUGAGGUAAAGGAGAUCUUGAAGUCGGGUAAGAAAUCUGCCAAUGUUCUCGGACCGUUGGAUGAGAAUGAUCCGGAAGGCGGAGAAGACGACGAAAAUGAAGAAGAUGAAAAGGAUGAUGGCGAUGAAGAGAACGAAGAAGAUGAUGUGGGAUCUAAGCUUCAAAAUCUGAGUUUUCAGUAGGUUUCAAAAGGUAUAUUCCAUCACUUACCGUAGCUUGCAGAAUGCACUUACUGCAGAUGGUUGGUUGUCUUGUGGGUUAUAUCCACUGAUUUAUUGCUAGAUGGCUAUUGUUAUUUGAUUGGCCAUUUACACCCACUGUUGUGAUUUUGGCGAACUCUGCUUUUCCUGUAUUUUUUUUUGGUUUUAUGGCUUUGAACUUUGCUUUUUAGUGUAGUUGCUAUGCAUGGAAGGAGAUAUAACAUGCAUGAUCCUGCUCACACAUUCACACCUGCAUAUAAUGAAUGCUGUACUUGACUGCUUCUUGUUUAGGGUUUAGGCUUCCCCAUC